AUGCGUGCCGCAAUAGCAGUCCCAAUCACCCUUCUCCUCGUGGUGCGAGCGUACACCCGCAAGUCUCUCACGCCACUGGGUAUAGCCGCGGCGGCCUUGACAGCGACAAUCCACGCCCUCCAUCCCUCGGCGGUCCCAUUUACUCUGUUGUGCACGUUCUUCCUCCUCGGUACGACGGCAACGAAGGUGAAGCACGACGUGAAGGCCACCCUGACUCUAUCGAGUGGCGGCCAUUCCGGCGGAGAAGGGGCUAGGACGAGCAUUCAGGUAUUCGCCAACAGCGGUUGUGCCAGCAUAUUGGUCUUGCUACACGUAUGGCUCUACGGUUAUGGAAGAUCUGUCAACCAGACACGGGCAUGUUUCGGGGCCGAAGAUACCAAGAUAGCAGAUCUCCUGCUCCUGGGCGUGAUGAGCAACUAUGCCGCUGUUGCGGCAGACACGCUGUCUAGUGAGCUGGGCAUCCUGUCCAAGAGCAGGCCGAUUCUCAUCACUAGCCUCCGCCCCGUACCUCCCGGUACCAACGGCGGUGUGACCCUAGCAGGCUUGCUGGCUGGGGCAGGAGGGAGCGUGGCUAUAUCGGCAACGGGCGUGCUGCUGCUUGGAUUUUGUGAAGGAGGGUCGGUGAAGCGUUUAACAAUCUUCGCCCUACUUAGUGCACUGGGUGUUGUCGGAACGCUGGUCGACUCGUUGCUGGGCGCCAUCCUACAGGCAUCAGUGGUGGAUCAUCGGUCAGGGAAAAUCGUCGAAGGCCCGGGCGGAGUCAAAGUCCUCACGAAACCUGGUCAGUCGCGUGCUGGCACUCCGACCCAUGGUCCGAAGGAAGGCGACGGGAGAAAGAAAGGCGACGAGAGCCGGUCGAUUAAUUCUGGCCACGACAUCCUGGACAACAACCAAGUGAAUUUGCUCAUGGCCUCAAUCAUAAGCAUAGCGGGAAUUAUGGCUGGGCGUCUCGUGUGGAGUUAA